AUGCUCUGCCGCUGGCUCCCAGCCACCAUCUCAAUUUCCCUAAUAACUUUAGCGCAUACGUGCCUCCCAGCCCUCCCUGUGUGCCCGCCAGGCCUCGAAUGCACGCCGGCCCCUCCGGCUGCCUGUCUACUUGGCAGUUGUGCAAAGCAGCAACAACUACAGAGUAACCCGUGUGGAGCUGGGUGCUCAUCAUAUGAGAUUUGUACCCAGAAGGGAUGCACGAGGAGGAAAGCGGCACAUGGGGUGAAGACGUUUCAACAGCAUCCGGUUGUUACCAGCUCACCUUUGAAUCCGGAUGCUCGGUUUCUUACUUGCUGUCAGUCGUUGGCAGUGGGUGAUGCUUGUAUGCCGACCUGUACUUUUGAUGGAUUUAAUAAACCUGAGAUUUCCGCAAUAUUCCUAAUGUCAUCCCAGUGCCCCUCCACCGGUUUGGCGCCAAUAUUCCAUUGUGCAGCCCUGGGCCACAACCAUACUUCCUGCUGCCUUGCCUCAAAUAUCCAUCCGGAUUGCUUGCAUUUUUGCGAUCAGGAAUUCUUCAAUUUCGAGGAGGUCGACGUUCGGCAUUUGAAAUGUUUAUCUCAAUUUGAUACGAUACGAUCUUGUUUUUAUAAUCACGCGAUUCGAGAUUAUUACCGACAGGAUUUGGUUGUU